AUGGCCAACGACGACGGCAGACCGCUGCCCCAGCCGCGGGGCCCGCCCCCGGGGGCCACGGCACCCCCCGAGCACGUCGACAAGCCCCAGGUCUACGAGAUCUUCCACGGCUCCAAGCCCGAGGACCGGGACGGGUCUCUCGCGAGCGCCCCGACGAGCCCCGAGGCCCCGAACAACAAGCGGCCGACGAUAGCGGACGGCCUCAAGACGAUCAAGUCAGACGACUGGCUGAAGGUCCAUCAGAUCCCCUGUGCGCGCCAGGGCUUUCUCACUGGCAUUGGGGCCGGCGCCCUGAUCGGUGCCGGUCGCUAUCUGUUUGGAGCCCGCGUGCCAAAGGCAGCCAAUUGGGCUGCUGGUGGAUUCCUGCUCGGCAGCAUUAUUCAAUGGGAAUUCUGCCAAUACUCAAGGACGCAGGAGCGGGUGGCCAUGGCGAGGGCCGUGGAAAUCAUCGACCGUAAACAAGCCGAGAAGAAGGCAAAGGCCGAGGAAGCCGCCCGGCGGAGGGCAGAGGCGAAUGAGAAAGCCAAAGAAGCCGCCCAGAAGAGUUGGUACAAGUUCUGGUAG